UAAAAGCCUCUGUCUGUUUGUUCUCAAACAACCGAAACACUGGAGAGGAUUUUCACUUUUUGUUCGAGAGAGAGUCGCUUCCCAUCCGGAUGCUGCCGCUCGGAUUUUCUUCCUAAACACGAAACAACAUGAAAGAGUUUGUGUGCAGAAGAAGCGCAGAGUUAGCAUUAGCCGCUUUAGCUUCCCACAGGCGCUGCGUCACCGACAGUCACGUGACCACAGCGCACUCUCUCUGACUCGUCGACGUCAUACGUGCGCGACACGCCGCAGCCGGCAGAGGCAGAAGGUGAAAGAGACGAAAAUCAAACAAGAGCGAACAGGAGACUGCAGCUAAUAGCAACCACCGAAGAAGAAAGAGGAGGAGGAGGAGGAGAAGAGGAGGAGAAGAGGAGGAGGAGAAGAAGCAGAAGCAGAGGAGGAGGAGGAGGAGGAGGAGGAGGUGUAGCUUCAGCUUCAAGUGUCUGAGCCGUCAUGAGCUAACAGCUAACAGCUAGCUGUUAAGCUAACCUGCACAUCACCAUGCUGCUCACCUCGAGGUCAAAGGUCAGGCUGCUGUGUGUGAGCGGGCACUGCCAGCUGAGCGCCGCCCUUCCCCCCGCCAGGAGGAACCCGACCACCACGCCCAUCGCCACGCCCACUGCCAUCGCCACGCCCAUCGCCAUGCCCGUCCCUCCAGUCCCUCCACUUCCUGCUGGCCUCUCUGCCGUCAGCGCCGCUCUGUGUCCCCGUGUCCUGGCUGGGUUUCCUUCCUGCGGGGUCAGAUGGGCGUCCGGCAGCACGGCGGCGGCGGCGGCGGCGCCCGGCAGCACGGCGGUGGCGGCGGCGCCCGGCUGGUUCGGCGGCCUGGCGGACUCGCUGCCCGUCCAGGCGGCGGAGCAGCUCCUGCUCGGCGUGCAGCAGAGCUCCGGGCUGCCCUGGUGGGCCGGCAUCAUGGUGACCACGCUCGCCGUCAGGACGCUCGUCACCCUGCCGCUCGCCGCCUACCAGCAGGUCAUCAUCGCAAAGGUGGAGGCGCUGCAGCCUGAAAUCUCAGCGCUCGCCAGGAGAGUCCGACACGCCGUGAGCGAGCGAGGGAGAGAGAGAGGCUGGAGCGACACACAGUGCCGCCUCCAGUUUAAGCAGCACCUGCGGCGCCAGGUGUCUCACCUGUACGUCAGGGAGAACUGCCACCCGUUCAAGGCCAGCCUGCUGGUCUGGGUUCAGCUUCCUGUGUGGGUCAGCCUGUCCGUCGCCCUGCGCAACCUGAGCGUAGGCUCCGCCCACUCAGGGCUGCAGGCGGAGCUGGCAGCAGGGGGCGCUCUGUGGUUUCCUGACCUGACGUUACCUGACUCCACCUGGAUUCUGCCCGUCUGCCUGGGAAUCACCAACCUGCUGAUCGUGGAGAUCUUUUCUCUACAGAAACUUGAAGUUUCUCGUUUCCGGAGGUUCGUCACAAACUCUGUCAGAGGAUUUUCACUCCUGAUGAUUCCCAUCGCCGCCACCGUUCCUUCGUGUGUGUGUGUGUACUGGCUGACCUCCAGUCUGCUGGGACUCGCUCACAACCUCGUCCUGCGCUCGCCGGCGCUGCGGCGGCGCUGCGGGCUGCCGCCUGGCUCCGCCUCCCCGUACAGAGACCUGCUGACCGCCUUCACCAACAAACACCUCAAAUAACCUGCACAGGAUCAGCCAAUCACAGCGCAGAGAGACACUGACUGAGUGGCCGUUAGCCAAUCAGAGACUCUGAAAGUGAAGAGAAGAGACACGGAGACGCUGGACAACAGGAAAUUAAAAAUAUAUAUUAA